AUGGAUGAUUUAGCUUUACUUGACCUGUUGGAGUGUCCUGUGUGCUUUGAAAAGCUAGACGCCACAGCUAAGGUGCUGCCAUGCCAGCAUACCUUCUGCAAGCCAUGUCUGCAGAGAAUCCUGAAAUCCCAGAAGGAACUCAGGUGCCCGGAGUGCAGGACUCUAGUCCUCUGCAGCAUCGAACAGCUACCGUCCAACUUGCUCCUAAUUCGUUUACUGGAUGGUGUCAGAUGUGGGCAGAAUGUUGCGAGGUUUGGUUCAAUUCAGAGAUCUGGAGUCCUGUCCUCCCCUGCCUCCAUCAGGAGAGUCCCGAGAGGUUUACAGCUCAACCAAUAUAGACUGGCACCAAAUCCCCGGAUCCACAUGGAAGGGGUUCCACGAGCCAAGGCCCUGUACAGCUACCGCGGGCACAAUCCCGGGGAACUGAGGUUCAAUAAAGGAGACAUCAUCAUGUUACUCCGGCAGCUGGAUGAAAACUGGUAUUUGGGCGAGAUCAAUGGCAUCAGCGGUGUUUUCCCAGCCAGCUCUGUACAGGUCAUCAAGCAUCUGCCGCUGCCACCACCCCUCUGUAGAGCACUUUACAACUUUGACCUAAGAAGCAGGGACAAAAAUGAAAACAAAGAUUGCCUGACAUUUCAUAAGGGUGAUAUCAUCGCCGUCACCAGCAGAGUCGAUGACAACUGGGCGGAGGGCAAGCUGGGCGACAAAGUAGGGAUCUUCCCCAUCUUGUUUGUGGAGCCAAACACUACUGCAAGACAGCUCCUACAGACAAGCAAAAGCCACCAGUCCCCUCAGCUUAAAUGCGCAUCACCUUUAAGAAUAGCAUCCCCCAAAUCAAAAGGCACAGAUUCACCAACUUUCCACAAGAUAUCGGACUCGAGGAGGAAGAGCCUGAGACAAUUCUCGAUCACAACUGCCUUAAACACUCUCAACAGGAUGGUCCAUUCACCCGCCGACCGGCAGACCUUGGAGAUCAGCUCUCCUGUGCUCAUCAGCUCCAGUAACCCCACCGUGGCCACCCAGAGCAGUGAGAAAGUGGAGUUUCCUUAUGGCACACCUGUCCAGGUCAGUGCAUCUUACUACCCCACACCAGGAUCUCUGGGGCAUUCAGCAGCUAUUGUGACUCUUCCCCACCUGCAGCAUCACAUAUCAGCUAAUAUGAAAUCUAAUCUCCCUGACUCAAAGAUGCCUUCCCUGUAUGCCUCGUGGACGUUAUCGACCUCCUCGCUCUCUUCUCAGGGAAGCAUCUCAGAAAACGGCCAAAGACAAAGUAGGCCUUUGAAGCCAACCUUGCUGCCCAUGCCUGUGACCUUGCCCGGGAGGAACACAGCUGUGCUGACUGCCUCGGGACAAGCAUCAUUGCGGCGCGGACGUGGCAGCACCAGAAAGAAUGGAUCCCUGCAGAGGCCUGGGCAGCCAGGAACCCCUAUUCAUGUUGCUGGCUCCCUCCGGCGUCUUCCUGCCACUGCACACAUCAGCCCUCAGCCGCACAGCAUCCCUUCAGGAGCUGGUAUAACUGAUGUAGGAACAAGGCCAAACUUCUCCCACGAUGCUUCACCAGCACUUGUGGUCAGAGGAGGGGAAAGCAGAACUCCUUCUGUAUGUAGUUCAGUGAUCCUGGAUGCCAAAGAUCCUCCAGCAAAAAGUGAGACUACUCCAAAGCCACCUGCAUCAGCUCCACCAUCCAUCCUGGUGAAACCAGACACUUCCCGGAACAGCACUGAAAAGCAAGUGAAAACAGUGAGGUUCCAGAACUACAGCCCCCCGCCAUCCAAGAGGCACAGCCUGCAGCCAUCCCCAAGCCUGCCGCGUGGCAAAACGGAGCAGGGAGCCGCAGCAGACGCUCUCUUGUCAGAAGCAAACCUGAUGGGCCCUGACUUGACAGUGUUGUACUCACCCAGGAUCAGCUCCAGUCCUGUGCACCACCGAAGGGUGUCACACCCAAAGACAUCAUCACUGGACCUUUCUGGCCAGGCAGGACAGUUGACCUUCCCUAUCAAAAAGAACUACAGCAGUAUUUCUGCAAACUGA